GCAACAUAAUUUCCUGUACAGAGGAUAUAUCGUCGGUUCGAGUCAAAGCCAGUUAAAUGUAUUUCACGUCCAGGUAUUUGCUUGACACUCGGUUAGAAAGUUGUUUCCUGCGCUAUGGCGGAGUAACAGGCUUUUCAGACAUGUUUGGGGAAUACCCGGACGCGGCUCGACGACUUGGAAAUCCUGCGGGCUCUACGAGCGAGUGAGAGACAUGGACAACUCUGUCACCCUGUGGCAGUUCCUACUCCAGCUCCUAUUGGAUUCCAGUAAUGACCAACUCAUCUGCUGGACCAAUGAGGAAGGAGAGUUCAAGCUGCGGCAGGCAGAGGAGGUUGCCCGGCUGUGGGGUGCUCGAAAAAACAAGCCCAACAUGAACUAUGACAAACUGAGCAGGGCCCUCAGAUACUACUACGACAAGAACAUCAUAAAGAAGGUGAAUGGUCAGAAGUUUGUCUAUCGCUUUGUGUCCUAUCCUGAAAUCCUGAAAGGAGAUGUGGCUACCCGGAUAGAUGAUGGGGAUGUGGGUGGUGGGGGCAUUCCACCCUUAACAAGAAGCGACAGCACCCAACAGGAGGGUGAGUCUGGUGACGGAGGACAGGAAGGAGGUAGCACAGGGGCUCUGGGCUCAAGCAUCAAGCAGUCAAACCGUAACGACUAUAUACACUCAGGCCUGUACACGUCCUUCACACUCAACUCGCUACAAAAUGGACGCCAGCUCUUCAAAUCCAUAAAAAUGGAGAACCCAGCAGAGAAGAUGGCAGACAAGAGGGGUCUCACUGCCACAGCCCAGAGCCAGCCACAACAGCCCACUGCUUUGCCGUCGGUCAUCAAGUUUGGAAACACCCCUUCGAAACCAGCACUAGCAUCGCCUCCUCAGGUUGCCAUAGAGCCAAUCAUUGUGUCCAACCACUUCAAUCCUCUGCAAGCUCCACCCCAGAAGGUCAAAGAAAUCAGCUCACACUCCUCCCUGCCGCACCAUUCUGUCUUCUUAUUUGAACACAUCCGCCCAUCAGAACCAACAUUCAACCUAUCAGAACUGACUUCAGCCAGCCCAUCCCCAAACUUAGUGCCUGACUCCUCUCAGGAACUGGUGAUUGACAGCGACAUCGAGUCUGGAUCAUCUCAGCCCAAAAAUGCUAAGGCGGCAGAGCUGAGAGACGCUCAGGCACAGGAAAAGGUGGACAGCGGCGCCGCUCUCUCUGGAGAUGAGAUCAGUUUUAUGGAUGCUGAAACCAGUUCAUCCUCAGUGAGCAGCUCUACCACAUUCAGCACUCAGAGUUUAGGAAAGACACGCAAGCCGCCGAAAAUCCUGCAGAUCAGUCCACCUGCUCUGCUGGUCACCGCGUCCGACUUCUCCCCCAUGAACCUCUGCAGCCCCUCACUACCUACUGCAUCUCUCACACCAGCAAUGCUACAGACUCCCACACUGUUGCUGACUCCCAGUCCUCUGCUGUCCAACAUCCACUUCUGGAGCACGCUCAGUCCUGUAGCUCCACUCAGCCCAGCCACACGCCGCCAGGGAGGACACCUGUUCCAGUUUCCGUCGGUCCUCACCCCCCAGUUCCAGAUCCCUGUAUUCAGCACAGAUGGGACCAACACGCCAGGCCCUAUUUCACCAGACCCUCAAAAGACAUAGAGUUCAACCGCCCAGGGAUCACCAUGUUUGGACCCAGACAGUUAAACUCCCCCCAACCCACCACUCCAGAACGCCAUCCCACAUCCAGGACACUAAUUUGGGAGCUCCGUCAUGACCUUUCCCCCUCACACUGGUGCUUUAAAGUUCACUACAAUCGGCUGUGUGGAGGGAGGAGCUGAGGAAUCCAGGUUUGAUGGAUGAAGGUAACACGUUCAUAGCAUUUAGCAUUUACACCCUGAGGAUGCCAUACUGCACUCACACACACUUACAUAGUAUUUUUGUCUGGCUUGUUGGGAUCCUCAGUCACGGCAGUUCAAAGGAGGGAGGAAUUUCCAUGGCAACUGUGUGCAUGUGGAUCGGACCGUCGUCAGCCACAAGCUGCUACAAGACCAGUCAAAUUGCAGAUAGCUCAACCUUUCCUUUAGAGCUCCGUUCUUAUCUUGUGUAACAGUUACUGCCACAAAAAAAGCUCCCAACCAAUUUUUUUCUCUGCUGACACUCUGCUCCUUUUGGUGCGCUGUCCUUAUGCUCAUGUACCUGGCAUGUGAAACUAAAGAUCUUUCAUUUUCAACCUGAACUUCAAUGUCAAGCCUUGCCUUCAGCUGCUCUGUAUUGUUAUAGCCAUAUCCAACUGGACUUUUACCUUGAAUGUCUUAUUGUGACGUGUGGCCAUAGUCCGAGCUGAACCUUGAAUCACACCUCUAUGUAACUGUUCUAUUGUGUGGAUAAAGUAGAAUAGCCCUGAAAGCCAGUGUGGCCUGGUCUGCCUCCAGCCAGAAAGCUUUCAAUGACACAAAGUGAAGCCAUAACCCUUUCUGAGUAUCGACUCUGCAAUUAGAAACUCAGAAACCCUGAACGUCUUACUGCUCUGAUGUUGCUUUUUUAACUUAACCAUUAAUUGAUAAAGGCAGACAUAAUUCACUUAUCAUGGUACAGAUGAUAGUUUCAAGUAAUGAAAAAAACAUGUAAUGAAAUGGUAAAUUUCUAAGAAGACAGUAGUUUGACAUGUUGAAAAAUACAGUUGAGAGGUAAAUGACAGGAUUGUUCACAGCCAUCAUGUUUGACCAGGAAACAUGUAGCUUCCUUAACUUAGCGUAGCACAAAAGCUGGAUAUUGGUAAAUGACUAGUUAAGCUGAGUCUGAGAGUAACAAAACAUUUUCUGCUCACCAAUAAACACUGUUAUUUGUGUGUUUUAAUAAAAAAUGUUAAAACACCACUUUUUAUUGGGAGGCAAAGGGGCGGUGACUGUCCCUGAUGUCUGAUGCCUGGCAGCUACAAAUCCUAAUAUUUACAAAAUCCCAAGUGAAAAAACAACAUGCUGUCUCCAGCUAUACAGAUACUUAGAGAAUAGACAGACAUGAGAGAGGUUUCAACCAUUGUAUCAAAUUUUUGCUAAUGCAUGCUCAGUGUCUUUUACCUACAUUCUGCUCUGGAAGCAGAAAGAAUUGUUCCUCGUGAAUCAAAAUCACAGCAGACCUUGGAACCUUGUUCAUUGUCCACAGGUCAGUUUCCUUUAUUCUUGUAAAUUAACGAGCUUUGACAUUUUUAUUGCUUGCCGUUUCAGUGCAGCUACUGAAACCCAGACUGAACCUCCUCAUCUCAGUAGCUGGACUCUUUCACUUUAGCAAAUCUGAACUACAUUGACUUUUAAUCACGAGGAUGUAGAAAUGUUAUAGAACUUGCAAACACCUUCCUGUCCCCUAAAUCUUUCUCGUCGAGAUGAUCAGCCAUGAAAGGUCUGCACCUGUUUUCUACACGACUUUAAAGCCAUAACUCUGAGACUCAGACUCACGAGGUAUAUCCCAACUUUCUAUGCUAUUUAACAUGGAUAUUGUACAUUACCCUUGUUUACACGAAACAUAAAACACACAAGUGAGUGUGUUUACCCAAGUGUCACUUUCUAAACCCAGGGAUGGAUGACCAAUGAAUCUUUUUUUGGGGGGAGGGGGGGUUGAAUUUGCUCACUUUUACUUAACCUACAGACAUUAUCCUCCCCCCCAACCUGCUGUCCAUCAAUGAUACAUGGUGCCUUACCACAGCCAAGCUCAAGUUUCCCUCCCCCAAGUGGAAGGAGUACAGAUUUAACCGUAACAACAGCACUCCUGUUUGUUUUUAUGCCAUAUCUCUGAGUAUACCAAACCAUAGGCCAGAGGAAGUUUGAAAUAAAGUUCACCGCCACAUUGCGUGUGCUGCAAGGUUUUAAGGUUGCCUCACUCGACAUAGAGACGGCAGCGUGGGUUAAUAUGCACAGUACCUAGAACUGAACCUGGCAUAAUUUUAAGAGUUGGCAACCAUUGUCUCUAUCCAACCUGCUUAUAAAUCUUUGUGAUAACAGACCUACUCAGAAAAUAUAUAGAAAUAUAUAUAUAUAUAUAGGAUAAAAACCUAUAUCAUUUUUGUCUAAUCUUUUAUUUUCCUCUAAAUCCAAUAGAAUUUAAGAUUCAUUUCUAUUUUUGUAAUGGCCAGAUAGGUAGAAGUCUGCUAUUUUGGUUUCUUUGAUUUAAUGUUCUCUCUGUGCAUGUGUUUUUCAAUAUGUUGUUAUCCUCUUGUGGAGGUGGGCAGCCGUGGCCCCGUUGUGGUGUUGGCUUUUAUUUUUUAUUAAAGGAAAUCAAAGCCUUAUGGGGAGAAAUGUAAAUCCAUGUUUUUAUAUGUGAUGUGUUUUGAUAUAGUGUUGAUAUUGUACAUGCAGAUGUUGUGAUGAAACGUUUGCACUUAAAAAUGUCGGGGUUCCUGUAGUAUUGGAUUCUGUGGCUUUUUCUAUGACUCAGAUUUAAUGACAUGUUGUGAUGUUUGCUUAUUGAGAAAUGUAUAUUUUCCAGAAGGGAGGAUACAGUUAUGCACUUAGUAUUUUAUACCACAAAACAAGAGUUCAAUCUAAUCUUCUACAGCACAUAUCAUGUAGUUUACUUCACCUUCAUUGUAAUUUGGCAGUACAAUAUUUAUUUAUUUGAAUUUAUAUUUGAGCCAGAUAGAUUGCAGGGUUAGGGUUACUCUAAACCUAACCUUGCAAUAUAAGCAACCAAAUCUAUGUAACCCUACUAUAAAAUAGAGGGAAAAAUAACCUUGAAGCCCAUUUAAAAGUUACCCCCAUCAAGACGUGUCAUGAGCUUAUUUGUUUGUUUGUAUUUUCUGAUGAUGUUUUUCCUUCAGCUUAUCUUGAAUUGUAAAAUCUUGUUUUAAAAAAAAGAAAUGACAUUGUUCUCACUUUGUUUUGUCCAGUUCUCUUAUUUGUUGAAGCUUUUUUCAAAUGUUUACAAGCUACUUGUCUUAAGUGGCGUAUUGAUGUCUGACAGGUUAAGAGGAAGUGUUUAUAAUGGAAGAGAUAAGUGAGACCAGUAAUAAAAGAUCUCAAACUGA